GGCGGAGGUGCGCACUGGGGCCCUGGGAGCCUGGCGAGAGGCGCAUGCCGGGUCUCAGCGCAGCCCUUCUCCUGAGCGUGGGGCAGCUGGGGCCCUCGGCCGCCUGGUUCCGCCAGGAGGGCGGCUCGGAGUGCAGCUGGCACCGGAAGACGCAGCCGCCUGAGCUCCGCCCUAGUUCCCCGUCUCAGUGGCCCUGGGCAUGCAGCUCCGAGUUCCGGCCACCAGGGAAGCUGCAAUGGCUUGGGCCCGCCUCUGCCGAGCCCGAGGGGUCAGACUACGGCGACAGCCUUGGGGAUUGCAGCCCAUUGCCUGUGCGCCACCUAAGCGCUGCCCGCGAGGCGUUCCUGCCCACUGCUCACAGCACUGCGGAUCCCCAUCCCGACUUCUCCCUGGUCCCCCAGACCCUGGAUGAGUACCUGCCUGAUGCCCUGCAGCCGCCUGAUGAUUCCCUUCUCCUCUGGAGAGGAUUCUCCAAGGGAUCUCAACACAUGGGCCGACUCAGAAACGCCAAAAUCCACGUAGAAAGAGCCGUCAAGCAGAAGAAGAUCUUUAUGAUUCAUGGCCGAUAUCCAGUGAUCCGGUGUCUCUUGCGCCAGAGGGGCUGGGUAGAAAAGAAGAUGGUCCAUCCCCCAGGCACCGUCCCACCGCCAGCCCAGAAGGACAUAGACAGCUCAGUGAUGGGUGAUAGUGAUGCCACGGAGGAUGAGGAAGAAGACGAGAACGAGUUGUUUCGGGACACACAGCUGUUGGACUUCAAUAGUUUUCUGGAAUUUGAUGACCUAGAAGGGACGCAUGCUUUGAUGUCCCGCAUGGUUCGAAAUGAGACCCCCUACCUCAUCUGGACUACGAGGCGUGAUGUGCUGGAUUGUCGCCUCCUUUCCAAGGAUCAGAUGAUAAACCACUAUGCCCGAGCAGGGUCCUUCACAACAAAGGUGGGCCUUUGUCUCAAUCUUCGGAAUCUGCCAUGGUUUGAUGAGGCUGACGCUGACUCCUUCUUCCCACGAUGCUAUCGAUUGGGGGCAGAGGAUGACAAGAAAGCCUUCAUAGAGGACUUCUGGCUGACAGCUGCCCGCAACGUUCUCAAGCUGGUGGUGAAGCUGGAAGGGAAGUCACAUUCCAUCUCCAUGUAUGCAAGAGAGGAGGAGGCCUUCGAAGACAUACAUCCCAAGAAGCAGGACAAAAGGGCAGUGACAGUGUCCUCAGACUUGGUGGAUGAGGCUUUAUGUGCAUGUGAGGAGUUCCUUAGCAGCAUAGCCCACAAGGACAUCGACAAGGACCCCAGUGCCCCACUGUACUUCAGCCCUGAAGGCUGGAACCUUUUCCUCCAGCGCUAUUACCAAAUAAUCCACCCCCACCCACCCCAAGUCCCACUGUCUCCACACAGUGAAGGAGCAGAACUCAAAUACCUGGAGACCCAGGUCCAGCGCUCUGAAGACAUCCUGCAUCAGCUUCAGGCCGUGGUACCCCAGAUAGAGAUGGAAGGCGAUCGAAACAUCUGGAUCGUGAAGCCGGGAGCCAAGUCCCGUGGCCGAGAAGAGGGGGCCAGAUCACCUGGAAACUGGAGUUUAUGCCAUAAGAGUGCUGGGACCCUCUACAAGAACAGAAUUGUGUGUAUGGACCACCUGGAAGAGAUGCUGAAGCUGGUGGACUGCAACUCCAUGAUGAUGAAGGAUGGCAAGUGGAUUGUGCAGAAGUACAUCGAGCGGCCCCUGCUCAUCUUCGGCACCAAGUUUGACCUGAGACAGUGGUUCCUGGUGACUGACUGGAACCCACUCACUGUCUGGUUCUACCGAGACAGCUACAUCCGCUUCUCCACGCAGCCCUUCUCCCUGAAGAACCUGGACAACUCCGUGCACCUGUGCAACAACUCCAUCCAGAGACACUUGGAGGCCUCCAGUCACCGGCACCCCUUGCUGCCUCUAGACAACAUGUGGUCCAGCCAGAGGUUUCAGUCACACCUGCAGGAGGUGGGCGCCCCAAAUGCCUGGUCCAAUAUCAUUGUGCCUGGCAUGAAGGCCGCUGUGAUCCACGCCCUGCAGACCUCCCAAGACACUGUCCAGUGCCGGAAGGCCAGCUUCGAGCUCUAUGGGGCCGACUUCGUGUUUGGGGAAGACUUCCGACCUUGGUUGAUUGAAAUCAAUGCCAGUCCCACCAUGGCGCCUUCCACAGCUGUCACCGCUCGCCUCUGUGCUGGUGUGCAAGCAGACACGCUGCGCGUGGUCAUCGACCGUCGGCUGGACCGCAGCUGUGACACGGGAGCCUUUGAGCUCAUCUAUAAGCAGCCUGCUGUAGAGGUGCCCCAGUAUGUGGGAAUCCGGCUUUUGGUGGAGGGCUCUACCAUCAAGAAGCCCAUGAGUCAUCGGCGGACAGGGGUCCGCUCAUCACUCCCUCAUCUGCUGGCCCAGCAAGGCUCUGGGGAAGGCAAGGACUCAGGGUCCCCUACCUACAGGUCAGCUUCUAGGAAAGACGCUUGCGCCAGGAGCUCGGGACACACUGAGAAGCAAGACUCUACUGCCACCAUCUCGGUCCCUGGAAAGGGGAAGAAAGCCGAGGUAGCAGGAAGUAUAAGGACGCUGCCUGAGGUUGCACAGCUCAGAAGGGGCAGAGUUUGUAUGCAGACCCAGGUCUGUUGGAACCCCAACCCUAUGUCUUUCCACUACCUCUGGAGGAGGAGGAGGAGGCGCUGGGAGGGGCUCCAUCUGCACUUGCCUCCCAUCCCCUGCCUCUGCACAUACCCUGGGGGACAGCGGGUUAGCCUGGGGCCUUGCUCAGAUCCUCACGGCUUCCCUUCUCCCACAGACCCUUCCCACUUCCCUAGCAUCUAUGACAAGGCCUGGCUGCCUUCUCCCCGUGUGCUCCGACCCCAGAGCCAGGUCCUCAGACUGCAGCAUGGCCAGCUGGUGGGCUCUGAGGCUCUGUCAACCACAGGCAAGGCCUUGAUGACUCUACCUACUGCCAAGGUUCUGAUGUCCUUACCACCUCACUCUGACCUCAAGGUGGCACCCAGCAUGCUGAAGCCAGGAAAGGUGGGCCUAGAGCUAUGCCUCACACCCUGGAGGGUAAUGCUGAGCAGUGGGAUCCCAGCUAAAGGGCAUAGGCAGAGGGCAGAACCCAGACCAUGCAGCGCCCCAGGGAAGGGCUUGUCUUCUCCAGAACCCUGCUCCAAGGCCUGAUCAUCUCUCUCCCUCCCCUCCUUUACACCGAGGCUGCUAUUCCCUUGCACCUUCGAGGCCCCCACUUUGGAUGUGCCUCGUAUCCUCUGCCCUUUGAAGUUGGACCUCUUCCUAGAACCCACAGGAAAGUCAAGGCCAAAGGCAAGUUCAAGGCCAAACUCUUCGACAAACCCAGG